AUGAUCAAGAAAGAUACUGUUUUGAUCUGGCCCCAGCUCAAAAGAAAAAUUAAAGAAAACUCAGUUCUAAAGUUUUUACAAGUUAUAGUAAAAGUAACCAAGGAGCCUAGUAAAUCUGAAGUUCAUAAUGAAGAGGAACUGUCACAAAUUACUUCACUUAUUCUCAAGUAUUCUAUUGUAGCAGAUUUGCAAAAUCAAAAGACUAAUAUCACUUAUGGCCAAUUGUUUCUUGUAGAAAGACCUUUUACUAUAAGUAUAAUUAGUAUUCAUGAUGAAAGUAAGAGAGCAGUAGGAGAAAUAUUCAACUUUCUUUUUGAAGUUGGUGGUUGCCAAAUCCCAAUUGAUGUUAUUGUGACUGAUGCCCAGACCUAUCAAGUGAUUAUAAGAAAUGACUGGUUUUCUAAGGUCAAAACUAAUAUAGACUGGUGUACCUCAGAAAUAAUUUUUCUUUGGAAUAACCAAAAGGUUAAAGUCCUAGUGGAAUUCAGAAAACUUCUUUUUCAACCUCUUGAAAGUGAUAGACUGGUAAUUGUAAAAAGUCUAAAAGACCAGGAUGAAGAAAGUGAAAAACUCAGAGAACUUCAAAGUGAAGAUGAGUUCAGAGUUUUGUUUCAAGAUAAAAGAAACUUGAAAGAAGAUUUAGAAAGGUCAUUUAAUAAAGAAAACGGAGAUGAUGAAAUUAAUGAAAUUCUUGAUUGUUAUUUCUUCAAUGAAGAUAAAGCUUCUGAUGUUGAGAUUAAUUCUGAAUUAGAAAGGAAGUAA